AUUUUUCACAAAGUCAAAAGUCAAAACAAAAAUGGCGGAUGAAGACGAAAUUGACAUUUUAGGAGAUUUUUCUUUUAAUUCCUGUUUUGCUCAAAAUAAUCAAGGAAUACCUUCUUGCUCCAACCGGGAGGACACGGUGCAUCCACAAUGGCUUUUAGACUCCACGGAGACAAAUUGGUAUGACAAGCAAAGCAAUAGAUUUAAGGAAGGAUCACCAAGAAAGCUUUAUGGCAACAAGUCAUUUGACAAAAACUAUAAUGACUCUCACACAGCUUGGAGUCCGGCUGAAAGGGAGAUUCUCAUUAGAGAAAUGGCAAAAUAUGGGAGAAAUGUACGAAAAAUAUCGCAAACCUUAAAAACAAAGACUGAAGCAGAGAUACAGGCAUUAAUAGAAGCUGAAUAUGGAGUGAACUUAGAGACUCCAUCAUUUGGGCUGGAGAAACAUGAGGACCAUGACAAUGUGCCAGCAGUAGUACAAGAAGAAAUAGUCACUGAUGAUGUCACCAGCAUAAAUAAUAUUAUUAACAUGGUCACCACUGGAGCACCCACAAUAACCAUGCCAAAGAAACCUUACAGAAAGAAAAACAAUUCUAAAAGUUUACUCAAACCCAAUGUAUUAGAUAAAAGCUCUGACCUAAUAGCUAUAAACCCCGCAGAAAUAUUGCAUGAAGAUGACCUUGUGAUAGGCUCAACAGAAUCCAUUGGUUCUGAUCUAGAAUUAGCUGAUAUUGUGUCUAAGAACAUUGUGAAGUAUCAGGCUAAAGUUAAAGCUGAAAAAAAGAUAGGUAAUCAUAGAAGGAAAGUGUCAAGGAACUAUGAUAAGGGGAGUAGGAACAAGAGUAAGGAGUUGCUGAAGUCACCUCCGGGGAGACAGAGGAAGGACUCCAGUUUGUCUGAGGAUAGUUUGAAAAGUCCUAAGAUGCAGAUAGUAUUGGGAUCUGGACUGGCCUUGCCAGUGUCUGAAGGAGAGCAAGUGAUAAAAAUUGAAAAGAAGAAAGACUCAGAACCAGAAAGUGAUAUAGAGAUAGAUGUGGACAGUGAUAGUGAGGGUAGUUCUAUAAAGACAACACCCAAAAAGGAGGAUACUGCUAAGACGGGGUCCCAAGAGGCUCCCAUAGCUGUGCCACUCAGCAGGUUCGAGCCUAUGCCCAAGAGACAUAAUAAUUUGAUGUUAACACAAGCUACUUAG